GCUUAGAGAAAACUUUGUUAGCUACCUGCUAACUUUGCUCCAUCGUCUGUUGGCAAUGUUGCCAGAUGGAAGCAGCCCAGCAGGAACCACCGAAAGUAUGGACUGCCAUGGAGAAGAUAAAGAAGGAGAUUUUUGCCAGCUGACUGGUUCAGUGCUGUUUAACAGCAAAAAUGCCAUGAGAGCACGAUUGCAGCAGUUUGUGGAGGAGAGGAUGCAGACCACCAUGCUCACAGGUGUACUGAUUGGAGCUGCAGUCGCAGUCUCACUGAUUGGGAUUGUGGUGCUCUUCCUUUAUAGGAGAUAUAAACUUGCCCGUGAACAACAGCCAGGGGUACCUCAUUAUCGCUUCAGAAAAAGAGAUAAAGUGCUCUUUUAUGGAAGGAAAAUAAUGCGAAAGGUCCAGACGUUGUCCUCGAUUCCUCCUUCCACCUCCUCAUCGGUAUCAAAGCAGCCACAGCGCAUACGCAAAAGAACCAAAGUUCUAAGCAUAGCUCGCAAAAUCCUGAGGAUACGUAAAGACCCUCCCACACUACAACCUAAGGAACCUCCUCCCUCCCUCCUGGAGGCUGACCUAACAGAGUUUGAUGUGCAGAGCUCAAAUUUGCCCUCAGAGGUCCUCUAUAUGCUGAAGAAUGUCAGGGUCUUAGGUCACUUUGAGAAGCCCCUCUUCCUGGAGUUGUGUCGCCACAUGGUGUUUAUUGAGCUGCAGGAGGGAGAAGGUCUCUUCAGGCCAGGAGACGAUGAUGACAGCAUCUAUGUGGUCCAGGAUGGACGACUCGAGCUCUGCAUUCACGAGAAUGAUGGCACAGAACCAGUUGUGAAGGACGUGCUCCCAGGAGACAGCGUCCACAGCCUGCUCAGUAUUCUGGACAUCAUCACUGGUUAUCCAGCACCUUAUAAGACUGUAGUAGCACGGGCAGCAACUCGCUCCACCAUCUUACGUUUACCUGCAUCAGCCUUUGAGUCCGUGUUUAAGAAAUAUCCAGAGACACUCGUGCGCGUCAUUCAGAUAAUCAUGGUUCGCCUCCAAAGAGUCACCUUCUUGGCAUUACAUAACUAUCUGGGCCUGACAACAGAGCUCUUCAAUCCGGAGAGUCAGGCGUUGCCCUUGUCCAAUGUGAACAGUGUGAUGGGAGAGAUCAACUCUGGGAAGAUGACUCGCCGUUUGCACUUCCAGGACGAGUUGCCUGCCGGGACCUCAGAGAGCCCCACGGAGACAGAUGGUGUAAAGGACAGCCCUUCAAAUAACUACAGGAAGCCGCGAUCCAUCUCGAUGCCCGCCGACUGCGCUGACCUGAACAUGGUUUGUGAACGUGCCAGAGUUACUAUAGAUGAGACUCCAUCCAGUCCUGCUGCUCACAAAUCCAACCUGAAGAAGAGUGUGAUGAUGCAGCACACACCCUCAGAAGUGUUUCACUACACAGACAGUGGGGGGCAGUCCGAUGCCAUCUACCUCAGCAAAAGCAGCACCAUCCUCCAGGCUGCUAAGAAGGAUCUGCUGGGAAUCAUCCAGCUGCAGGAUCCCAGUCUACUUGAGGGCAGAGUUACCCUCCACCAUGUCAAAGCUGGUUCUGUUGUGGCUCGUCAGGGCGACCAGGAGGUGAGCAUUCAGUUUGUGAUUUCUGGCCUCCUCCACGUCUACCAGCGGAUGAUUGACCGCGAAGAAGACACACGUCUGUUUGUGACUCACCCUGGAGAGCUUGUCGGUCAACUCGCUGUCCUGACAGGAGAGCCCCUCAUAUUCACUGUCCGGGCCCAGCGAGACUGCAGCUUCCUCUCAAUCUCCAAAACCCACUUCUAUGAGAUAAUGCGCGAGGAGCCUAAGGUGGUGCUGAAUGUUGCUCACACGGUGGUGAGGAGGAUGUCAUCUUUUGUCAGACAGAUCGACUUUGCUCUCGACUGGAUGGCAGUAGAAGCUGGCAGGGCUGUUUACAGGCAGGGUGAGAAAUCAGACAGUACUUUCAUAGUGCUGAGUGGUCGACUGCGCUCUGUAAUCAUGAAGGAAGACGGCAAGAAGGAGCUGAUAGGAGAGUAUGGACGUGGCGACCUGAUUGGAGUGGUGGAGGCCCUGACCCAUCAGAACCGUGCCACCACAGUGCACGCCGUACGAGACUCUGAGCUCGCCAAGCUGCCAGAAGGAGCUCUCACUUCCAUUAAGAGGAAGUUCCCCCAGGUUGUCACCCGGUUGAUCCACUUACUAGGACAGAAGAUCCUCCAGCAGGUCAAUGGUCCUCUGACAGCUCGCAGUUUGGCUCUCCACACCCCUGGUAGUAAAUGGGAUGCAGGAAACCAAGCCUCCAACCUCUCCACAGUGACAGUCCUGCCUGUAUCAGAGGAAGUACCUCUCACUGCCUUCACCCUGGAGUUGCAACAUGCGCUUCUUGCCAUAGGUCCCACUCUUCUGCUGACCAGUGAUGUCAUCAAACAGCGCCUUGGAGCUGCAGCGCUGGACAGUGUCCAUGAGUACCGUCUGUCCAGCUGGUUGGGACAACAGGAAGACCUCCAUCGCAUUGUUCUUUACCAGACAGACUACACACUUACCCCAUGGACCCAGCGGUGCAUUCGUCAGGCCGACUGCAUCAUUAUCGUGGGACUCGGAGAGCAAGAUCCUGUAGUUGGGGAGCUGGAGCGUAUGUUGGAAGGAAGCGCAGUGCGUGCCCAGAAGCAGCUGGUGCUGUUGCACAGAGAAGAUGGGCCCCCACCCAAAGGAACUGUAGACUGGCUCAACAUGCGAAGCUGGAUCUCCAGACACCUCCACCUCUCCUGUCCUCGAAGGGUUUUCUCUAAGAGGAGCCUGCCCAAACUGUUGGAGUUGUAUCAACGUGUGUUCGAGAAGCCAGCAGAUCGCCACUCAGACUUCUCUCGUCUGGCUCGAGUCCUCACUGGCAAUGCUAUUGCCCUUAUUCUCGGGGGAGGAGGGGCCAGGGGCUGUUCCCAAGUGGGAAUAAUGCGAGCUCUCUGUGAGGCUGGCAUCCCAGUGGACCUCAUUGGUGGCACGUCUAUCGGUUCCCUGAUGGGGGCACUAUAUGCUGAAGACCGUAGCCACAGCCGCAUGAGGAUGAGGGCUAGAGAAUGGGCAAUGGAAAUGACCUCAGUGUUCAAGAAGGUUCUGGAUCUGACGUACCCGGUCACCUCCAUGUUCUCUGGUGCUGCCUUCAACUCCAGCAUCAGCAAUGUCUUCAAGAGCAAACAGAUAGAGGACCUUCGGAUCCCGUAUUUCAAUAUUACAACUGACAUCACUGCCUCUGCCAUGAGAGUACACACUGAUGGUUCUCUGUGGCGGUAUGUCCGUGCCAGCAUGUCUCUGUCUGGGUAUCUGCCUCCUCUUUGUGACCCCAAAGAUGGACACCUACUGAUGGAUGGAGGCUACAUUAACAACCUGCCAGCUGAUGUGGCACGCUCCAUGGGGGCCAAAGUGGUGAUAGCUAUUGACGUGGGCAGCCGGGAUGAAACCAACCUCACUAAUUAUGGCGAUUCGCUCUCCGGCUGGUGGCUGCUAUGGAAACGCCUCAACCCCCUAGCUGAGAAAGUCAAGGUGUUGAACAUGGCCGAGAUUCAGACUCGGCUGGCCUACGUCUGCUGCGUGAGGCAGCUGGAGUCUGUGAAGAACAGUGACUACUGCGAGUAUAUCAGACCUCCAAUUGACAGAUACCGUACGCUGGAGUUUGGCAAGUUUGAUGAGAUUGCUGAGGUGGGAUACCAGCAUGGCAAGACUGUGUUCGACGUGUGGGCUCGUAGUGGAGUGGUGGACAAAAUGUUAAAAGACCGACACCAGGAGGAGUUCCACAACACCGAAAGCAAGAACAAUGUGGUGACAUGUCCCAAUGCUUCCUUCACUGACCUGGCAGAAAUCGUGUCCCGCAUUGAGCCUGUCAAACCUGCUGUGGUGGAUGAGGAGUCAGAAUACCAAACUGACUAUGAGGAGGAGGCAGUGGAGAGCGCUCUGUCUGACAUGGAACUGUACAGUCGCUAUGGAGAGCACACUGAAGGGGAGGAGACUGUUGACACGGAUGAAGAACUGGAAGGGAGAUGUGUACGCCGCAUUACUUCACUCACCAGCAGCUACCCUCAGUCACCCGCCACCCUUGAGCAUCCACAGGAAGUCAAACCAUGAAGCCCUUUCCAAAUAUUCCAAUAAGUGAAGACUGGUUUGAUGAACUCCGUCCAAACCUGCAUGUCUUUGCUUCAUUUCACCUUCCAGUCUGUCACACAUAACACUACCUGCUCUCUCAUUCUGACCGUGAGACUGUCAGUAACGGUGAUUACCAUUUUGCCCUCUGUAACUUGGCCUCGUUAGCUGUUUGGCUGACAUAACAAAUGGAUAGUCCCUAUAGAUAGAAUACAGGCAGCUAGUAUCACAUUUACUCAGCUGCAUGUGCAUUCCUAAUCUAGACAAGAGCAGCUGCACAUCACAUUAUUUCUCAUAUUGAGAUAGUUGAACAGUAGCUUUACAUGAAUCACACCAGUCCAGUAGAAAAAGAAGACAGGAGAGGAGAGGAGAUACUAUUUCCAUGAAAUAUUUAUUACAUGAAUGCAGGUGAAGCAUAUGAAUCUUUGUUAAUUGCACAUUACAGA